UCUUAAAAACAAAUUAAAAAAAAUAAAAUAAUUAAUAAAUAAAUAACAAAUUCGGAGGACUUCAAGAUGCCCAAAGAGGACGCGGAACUGGUGGGGAACUGUCCGGCGCCCGCCAAGGACAGCAACGAGGUGCCCCCGAUGGAGAGCGUGGUCAAGGAGCCCGAGGAAUCCCGUCCUGCUUCUGCCCCUGGUUCGGCCACGCCCCCGCCCGCCGAGGGGGAGGCGGACGAGGCGGAACUACUGGAACGCAUGCGUGGAGACGCCGUGGGCGAGACCAUGUACAGCCGCCGGUUCAUCCUGCAGACGGUCAUGAAGCUGGUGCAGCUGCAGCCUGAUUCGCCACUGGAGCAGCAGCUGGAGGACGACCUGUGCAAGGUGUGGGACAUGUCCGUGUCCCCGGAGGUGGUUACUCUUCUGCUGGAGAACGAUGCCGUCGAUCCCAUAAUGUACUCCUUGAUGGACGGUUGCGAGGAUGUGCGACUCUAUGAGAUUCUUGUAGGACUGCUGGGCAACAUGUGCGCCCAGGUGGAGUGCGCCGAGCUGCUCACCUGCUCGCCCCAGUCGAUGGAGACGCUGUUCAAGCUGGCCAACUGCAUGGACACCGGGAUGCUGAUCCAGCUGAUGCGUCUUUAUCAGUACAUCAUGGCGCAUGUGCUGAGCGGCAAGGAGCAGUUCGCCGUGGACUGGUAUGUCUGCUUCGCCGCUUUCGAGAACUCGGCCCAGAAUCUGGGCAGGAUACUGCAGCAGUCCGUGAGCGAUGAGCUACUGGUAGCCGCACUGAAAGCUACAAAUGCCAUCUUGGCCAGUUGCGCCCUGGUGGAGGAGGAGAAUGCCAACUCGUCGCUUAACUUGAAGCCCUUUGCAGAGGUAUUUCUCGUACAGGAGCUCUGCGACGGUGUCAAUAGCGCCUUCCUGCGACUUAUGCGCGAUGAUCAGGCUAAGCUAGCCGACGAGGAAGGAGGUGAGGAGAAUGGAGAAGUACCAGCCGCUGCCGGCGCUGCAGCCACAGACAACGAUGAGGAUGCCGAUGUCGGAUACGAGUCGUGUUCUCCGAAAAUAACCUGUGAUGUGGAGAUCAUACAAACCUACCUCAACAUAUGCACCAUUCUGGUUCAGCUGCCAGAGGCGCAGGCCUCCAUGGAUGUGUAUGCGCCCAGCAUAGUAAGUUGCCUGACGCGAAUCCUAGAAUUCCUGCAGCAGCCGCUACAACUCAUUCCCUUGGGCGAACGGCAGGAGGAGUAUCUGGAGGAUCUGGCGCACAUAUGGAGUCGCCUCAAGUAUUGCUAUCAGAAAGAGGCGUUUACAAACCUUCUGGAAAUCUGGUACAGGCUAAAGCAGCACACGGAUAACUAUACAGAGAAGGAUGAAGAGGCCAACGAUUUCGAGGAGGAGGAUGAAGAGGACGCUCCCAAAGAACAAUAUGUGGAGAACGCAUUUAAGAUGCUACGGCUGCUGGCUUGCGUUUUGAUUAAGGAGGUAAACGCAAAUCUAAAAGAGAUGGACAACGAGAAGGUGCGGCUCUUUGUGGCCUCCUUGAAAGCCGAGGACGAUGCCAUCUUUUCCAAAGCCCUCGAAUGCUUGAGCGAUUUUACGGAUAACGAAUCGGAGGGCCAAGCCUAAAGAAAAUACUUCCAUGAAGGGAAAAAAACAAAAAUGACUGAGAUUGUAGCUUACAGCACAAUAUAUUCUUAACUUAG